AAUAGAAAACAAACGGAAAAAAGGAUAACUUGGAUUUAGACACCAGUUAUAUAUGAGCUCUUUUACGAUGCUAAUUAUUGGUAUAGUAAGUUCAAUUGGAUUAUGGAAAGCUAUGACAAAAGUGACAUAAUACAUUUUUUUCCUAUUUUCACUGCUUCGGGUAUACUUUAGGAAUCCCGUAUACUUUGAAUAGGUAGUCUUCAACGAAAAGGGAGAAGAGGGGAGCAGAAGUAGGUCAUACACGUGCACUACCUCAUGGAAACCCCUUAAGGGUUGGGGUUCUCCUCUUACUAUUUGACAUAAUGAAAAUGAAAAAAGGUUCCCUUACGUACAUUGAAUCGAAUUAAAAAAUCCGAGAGCUUUCUUCACAAUGCUUCGUAACUAUAUAAUUUCUACAGACAUUUUUGCUAAAAUGUAGAAGAUUGAAGUACCCUUUUAACACUAGCCUGGUUGAAAAAAAUAAUACUGUUGUUUUCAAAACAGUUGUUUCCAAAAAUUCUGACAUACAUUCUUCAAAAUGAAUUAAAAUGACAAUGAGCAACCUGUUAAAAGUACAUAUGAACCAGAUAGCAUUACUUAGGUUUCUGUACUAACAAGAUAGAUAAGCUUACCUGUAAUAGGAUAAAAUUCCCUCUCUGAACAAGGCUUCUUGAAACAGAACUUUAGAACAGUAACAGCGAAACAUUCUUGAAGUUCACAAGUGUAUAGGAAAGAAGACAGCUCUUGCAAGUGUAAAAAUUCCAGAAGUAAAUAAUAAUUAUAAUGCCACCGAAGGAUCCUGAACUUCAAAAAUUACAGCAGGAACUGGAUGACUUAGUUAAAAAGCUGAAGGAUGAGCAAAAAAAAGUAGCAGAUACAACUCUUGAGGCAGUUUGUGGAAGCAUCCCUGAUGCUCCAAAAGUGCGUCUUGUGACCAAAAAAUUGCUCAAAGGACAUAUAAAUAAAGUAAAUUCUAUUCACUUUAGUGGAGACAGCAGGCAUUGUGUUACGGGUUCUCUUGAUGGAAAACUUAUUAUAUGGGAUACAUGGACUGGAAAUAAAGUGCAGAUCAUUCCAUUAAGAUCCUCUUGGGUGAUGAGUGUUGCAUUUGCUCCUUCAGGAAAUUUCGUUGCUUGUGGAGGAAUGGACAAUAUGUGCACAGUCUAUGAUUUAAACAACAGAGAUUCUACUGGUGUAGCCAAAAUAGUUCGAGAGCUAAUGGGUUAUGAAGGAUUCCUUUCUUCCUGUCGUUUUAUUGAUGAUAAAACUCUGGUAACUGGAUCAGGAGACAUGAAACUAUGUAUGUGGGAUCUGGAGUCAGGGAAGAAAACCCAGGAUUUCGAUGCACAUGCUGGAGAUGUGAUAAGUAUAUCCUUAGCGCCAGAUAAUCAGACAUAUGUAACUGGCAGUGUGGACAAAAGUUGUAAGUUAUGGGAUGUUCGAGAAGAAAAAUGUAGGCAAACAUUUUUUGGUCAUGAAUCUGAUGUCAACUCAGUAUGUUUCCAUCCAUCAGGAUUUUCUUUCGCAACUGGUUCAGAAGAUAAGACAGCUCGCCUAUGGGAUAUUCGAGCAGAUCAGCAAAUUGCUCAAUAUGCUCCACCUAAUGCAAACUCUGGUUUCACCUGCUGUGGCAUAUCUCUUUCUGGGCGAUUUCUUAUGUGUGGUAGUGAUGACACUUCAGUACACAUAUGGGACACAUUGAAAACUCAACAUAAUGGUACUCUUGCUGGUCAUGAAAACAGGAUAACCUCUCUCUCAGUUGCUGGCAAUGGAAUGGCUGUGGCCACCUGUUCUUGGGAUCAAAAUGUUCGUAUUUGGGUUUGAAAUAAGAUUGUCACUGGAUAUGUAUUAUUUGUAAAUGAUAAUUGUAUAAAGCUAAAUAUGGAGUUACUGUUUUUUGCAGUUAAAAUCAAUACUAUGUUUCAACUACAAUUUUUGAUUUCAUUUGGAGGCAAAUCUAUAAUAAGAUCUAGUCAAUGUCAGAAUUCAAUGCAGUCAGCUAUAAUUUCUUGAGAAAAGAAAAAAUAUGUUGU